UACUACACCAGCUGAAAACACAACAAUCUUUUUUAGUUUUGAGUAUAAAAACAAAUUAGUAAACAAUAAUGGAAAAUGGAAAAGUUGCUGUGGUAAAGUCUCAAAGUGAAGCGAGGCUUGCCAUUUUGGAACUUGCACACAUUAUGAGUGUUCCUACUUCCCUCGUUGCUGUUCUCAAAAUGAAAGUACCUGAAGCUAUCUGGCAAGGUGGAAACAACACCCCACUCUCUGCCUCUCAAAUUCUCUCCAUAGUUCGUCCCAACGGCGGAGGAGACGCUGAAAAUCUCCAGCGUAUCCUUCGUUUGCUCACCACUUAUGCUAUUUUUGCUGAGGACUUGAGCAGCAAUGGCAAAAGGAAGUACUCCCUCACCGAGGUCGGUAAAGCUCUUGUUCCUGAUGAUGAUGGUCUGUCCUAUGGAACAUACGUGCUCCAGCACUAUCAGGACCAGUACCUGCGAGCAUGGCCGCUGGUGGGAGAGGCGGUGGAGGAUCCAACUGUUGAGCCGUUCGAGAAGCUACACGGAGAAGGAGCAUAUGCAUACUGCAUGAAGAGACCAGAUGAAAUGAGUUUGUUUUACGCUUCCAUGUCUGGAAUGUCAAUGCCCCACAUGAAUGAAAUGUUGGAGAAGUAUGAUGGCUUCAAAGGUGUGGAAUCUCUAGUUGAUGUUGGUGGAAAUUCUGGUGUGAUUCUCAAUAUGAUUAUGAACAAAUAUCCAAACAUACUCAAAGGCAUCAAUUUUGAUCUUCCUGAUAUGAUAUCUUCUGCCCCUCAAUUGCCAGGUAUAACACACGUCGGUGGUGAUGCGCUUGAAUUAGUUCCGGCUGGGGAUGCUAUCUUCACUAAGUGGACAAUGUUAACAUGGACAGAUGAAGAAUGCAAGAAGGUCUUGCAGAACUGCUACAAGGCUCUUCCGGUGAACGGAAAAUUGAUUGUUUGUGAGCCAGUGUCACCGGAGCUGACCGAUGAGAGUCAAAGAACAAGAGCAUUGUUGUCGGGUGACAUAUUCAUAAUGACAAUGUAUAAAACUAAGGGAAAACACAGAACUGAAGAACAAUUCAAACAGCUUGGCAUUUCUGCUGGUUUUCUUCGUUUUCGUGCCUUCCACAUUGAUCCUUAUUUUCCUGUUCUAGAAUUUCAGAAAUGAGCAGAAGAAGCCUUUGAAGUGUGCGGUGUUUAUUAUGUGAUGGGGUAAAUGUUAAACAUUUGCUGCUGUAAAUGUUUUUAUUGGAUUAUUUGGGUGGUGGCCGACUCCUUUAGAUUGUUUGGAUGUUGGUUAGAUGUUUUUGUUUUGUUUUUUCUUAUUGAUGAAGUGUUGUAUUUGAAUUUUGUUGGUCUUCCUUGACACACCUUGUGUUAAGAAGAGCAUCUUUUGUCAUUUAUAUAUAAGUUUUAUUUGGCCUUGUUCAAAAAAA